AUGGCCACUUUUACGAACGGUAUGCGGCAUUUCAGAUACCCAAGACAGCUCGCGAGCCCGCAAUGGCACCAUCACCAGACCUGGAGGUUACCAGCGCCCCUAUGCAUCCGAGCAAUCAACACGGCGGCCAGAAACGACGAUGCCACUGCCACGAGCCUAGUUGAAUCCGUCCAGAUCCCUUAUCAGGGCGUUACGCACGCCCGAACCGUUCCCGCGACCCCGUCGUAUUUCUCAAGAGAACCCCAGUUCAACGACCUGUACAUUCGGAUAUCGAACCUCCUGACCCGAUACCAUCACCUGCCUACGGUGUCGCCCGGCGAAGCUCCCCAGGUUCCAUGGACGAAGCUGGAGGAGAUGCGCGCCCAAAUGGGCGAGCCCAUCAAGGCAAUGCACUAUCAAAAGGUUAUUCGCGUGGCCAAGCGACUCAAUCUGAUUGAACCCAGUCUACGGCCGGCCGAGGUCAAGAUUGCUCUUCAGGAGUUUGCGCGUGACAUCAACCCUUUUCUCAACAUGCCCAACCCAAUCACCAUUGACAGGUUCGGCCGUGCCGUCGGAGUGGGCAAGCGAAAGGCCUCUACAGCACGCGCCUUUGUCGUCGAGGGAACAGGGGAGGUCCUGGUCAAUGGGAAGCCGCUGAGCGAGGCUUUUGGCCGCGUCCACGACCGUGAGAGUGCCGUCUGGGCUCUCACAGCAACAGAGAGGCUGGACAAGUACAACGUCUGGGUUCUCGUGGAAGGGGGCGGCACUACUGGACAAGCUGAAGCGAUAACACUUGCUGUGGCCAAGGCUUUGGUUGCUCAUGAGCCAGCGUUGAAGACGGCUCUGCGAAAAGACUUCACAGCUGGGUGCAUCACCAGGGACCCAAGAACUGUUGAGAGGAAGAAGCACGGCCACGUAAAGGCUCGCAAGAUGCCGGCAUGGGUCAAGCGGUAG